AGGUAUGGAAGCGACUAUGACGGUCCCAACGGGCAACAGAAUCCACAACAACAACGGCAUCUGCCGAACCCAUCGCAAAUGAAAAGGGGCCGGUCCCCGAGUUUGAAGAAUGGACAGGGUGGGCCCGACGACUGGAGCAGAAUUGAACAGCAAAAGGGUAUGCACGGUGACCGCGGCGGACCCCAAUCUCAGAACAUGGGAAGCAGCAUGAUGCCACAAGGUGCCGGUAGUAAAGCCCCCGGUCCCAAGAAUAUGCGAGGUCAGCCACCUCCCCCACAACACAUGAAAGACGAUAAUCAGGGCGGCCAGGGAGGCUAUACUCAAGGUAAUACGAAUCAGAGUAUGAGUCAUCCUAUUUUCAAUAGGUAUGACGGUGAUGCACCUCCCGGGCCUCAAGGGCAAGGUCAGGGCCAAAUGACUGAGGAAGAAUGGCAGUACCAGCAACAACAGCAGAGAGGUGGUGGUGGUCAGCAGUUUUAUCAGGAUGGCCGCAUGAGACCCGAUGAUAAUCGAGGCGACGGUAUGAAAAUGGUCAACGGCCAGCCUGGUAUGCAGCAGGGCGGGGGACCCCCAUCAAUUGGUGGUAUGAACUCGUACGGCAAAGUGGGCAUCAGACCCAAUAAGCCCACAUCGGUCAGCAGGCCUCAUUCUCAGGGAGGGUUCUCAAAUCAGUAUAACGGAAUCCAAUAACCUCAGUAGAAAACGCAGCCUCGAAACCAACUGUGCUUCGAAUCAAACCCCACACCACUGAUCGAUCCUUGCCGGUGAUCAUACCUAUCUACCAAAACCGGAGAACACAGGUGCCUUGUACAUAAUAUAGUACGGGCGCGCUGAUGUUUUAAAUACUUGAUCAUCUAUACGAGAAUAGCCAACUAAAACCUUUAAACGAGCAAGCUCAAUAUGACUAUCAGCCGCGCCGAAAUGGCCCGGUGGCUCCAUUGUAUAAAUUUAAAAGCAAGUUAAACUGCAUACUAAGUGACAAUGAAAGUAAUAAAUUACAUUCGAAAAUGC